AUGGCAAACACUGCGCAAGGGAUCCCUUGGGAUCAACUUAUCGAGUUUGCUAAAAACAAAAAGGCGGAGGAGAAGAGCACCGGUAAACCUGCUCAGCUUAGCAAGCAGCAGCUAGCCGCAGUCUCGAUGCUUGUCGACUUUGUCAAGGAUAUUGAAGUCAACGAUACCUACGUGGGCAAGCUCUACGAACACUGCCAGAGAAACAAGAUCGAAAGUCCUCAAUUCACUACAGAAACCUUCAACCAGUGUAUCUCAGGCACAAAUAUCCCACGAUCUCGCGUCCUCUGCACUCUACCGUCCAAAGGCCAGCAGUUCCCCCAAGAAGGCUAUGGUUACAGCGCUGGAGAAGCUAUUCCAACGUUCGGAAAGGCGCAGAAGGCCAAGAAUUUUGCCGCCAUGCAAGCCCUGAACUGGCUCCAAGGCCAUGGACCAUCAUCACCCCGUGGCGAAAAACGACCAGCUUCAGUUACAAACGAAUUUCCUGUGCAUACCAAGAUCAAGGCCGAGGAGGACAAUAACUCCGAAGGUGGUGCGCUCACGGCCGAUUCUUCACAGUCGAGUGCAAAGGGUGUCCCGCCACCAGGCCAGCCUGCUGGAGCCCAAGGAUCUACUAUGCGUGAACAGGUUACUAAACUUGGUGAGGAGAUGGACUUUGGCAGCCCAGAGUAUCUCAUCCAGCGAGCCGAAGAGGGAGACGACAUUUGGAAUGGGCGCCCUAUUUUCAAGAAUGAUGGCAAAAUUCCACCUGAAAUGGGCGUGGUGACUGGAAUCGCGGGUCGCCAGCAAACGGAAGAGAUGGUUGUGAAGAGGACUCUCGAGUGGCUGCAGAAUGAGAAGCGCAUCAGGUAUAAGCUGUUCCUGAAGAUCAUUGGUUCCGGUUCAAAAUGA